GCAAUUGCAAUUUGCAAUUCCCAAUUAGCUUUAGUUAUGACUAGUCUUAGGCCGCUGAUGCGCCUGGCCAGGGCUCUCCCACUGCGUCCCGCUAUGGUGGGAGUCCUCCAUUCACGCUUUAAGUACACUCAGCAUCAGGGCGUCAAGGGCAUAAGGAAUCGGAAGAGCUUCUUUGAGGCGCAAAUGCAGGCGGGACAGCACGGCGAUGAAGAUUACGAGGAGGCGGAGCGAGGAGAUUCCAAUGGGAAUCUGGCUGACAUGCGCUUUCUGGAUGAUCGCGCCUACGAUGAGGUGGCCGGCGGUGCCAUGCGCAUAAGCCGCGACAUAGCCAGCGCCCAGCAGGUGCUCAUCCUUCAGCCGUAUGUAAAGUGGUCCGCGAAAAGGCAAAAAAUCCCUAGCGACGUUCGACCGGAGGAUCAGUUGGCCGAGGCCAGCGCUUUGAUACACUCCCUGCCCAAUUGGCAAGUGGCAAAGGCCCUUAAGGUUCCCCUGGAGAGUCUCGAGCGGAAGACUCUCUUCGGCAGCGGCAAAAUGGUGGAGCUGAAGGCCCUGAUAGCGGAUCUGCGUCAGGAGAAGCAUCUAACCUGCCUCUUCGUGAGCAAGGGAACGCUCUCCUUCGCCCAGAAACGUUUCCUCGAAGCAGAAUUCCGUCUGCCCGUGAUGGAUCGCUAUUCGGUGGUCAUACAAAUCCUCCGGUUGCAUGCCACCACAGCGGAGGCUCGUCUCCAGGUAGCCAUGGCCGAGCUGCCGUACAUUUGGUCGCAGGCCAAGGAUGCCAGCGUGACGCAGACGCGUCGUCAGGGCUACUCCUUGACCGAUCUGCAGAAGGAAAUCCUCCGCACUCGGGAGCGCAAAUUGCGAGCAGAGCUGGACAGGGUUCGGCGUCAACGGCAGCUGCUGCGACAGAAACGAAAGCAGCAGAAUUAUCCGAUUGUGGCAGUGGUGGGCUAUACGAAUGCUGGCAAGACAUCCCUAAUCAAGGCUUUGACGGUGGAGGAUGCCUUGCAGCCGCGCAACCAAUUGUUUGCUACCCUCGAUGUGACGGCCCAUGCGGGACAGCUGCCGUGCAAUCUGCAGGUGAUCUACAUGGACACGGUGGGCUUUAUGUCCGAUUUACCAACUGGUCUGUUCGAAUGUUUUGUGGCCACUCUGGAGGACGCCAUGCUGGCGGAUGUCAUUGUGCAUGUGCAGGACCUAUCGCAUCCCUGUCAUGCGGCCCAACGCAGCCACGUGGAGUCCACCCUCCGUUCUUUGGCCUUCAAUGUGUCUGGCGGUGACCCAGCCACCAGUCAAUUGCCACCGAUCAUAAACGUGUACAACAAAUGCGACUUGGUGUCUCAGCCAUCGUCGGAUGCUGCUGUUCAUCAUAUCUCUGCUAGAGCCCAGACCGGACUGGAGCCACUGCUGGCUGACAUAGAAGAGCAGAUACUGGCCGCCACGGGGCGACGCAAGCUGCAGAUGCGUGUGCCCAGCGGGGGCCCCGAAAUGGCGUGGCUCUACAAGAAUGCUGCCGUUGUGGACACCGUGGCGGAUGAGGCAUAUCCCAACCGUCUGAUGAUGCAUGUGGUCAUCAGCCAGCGCACUCUGGACCAAUUCAAGAGGGAGUUCUUGUGAUCUUUCUAAAUUCUUUAUUAUUGCUCUGGUUUCUUUUGUUGAAUUAGUGGUUAGGAUUGGUGUUGUUUCACUGUUAAGAUCUAUGAUAAAUAUAAAAUUUGCUACCACAAAAAUAAAUCAAACGUGUCUAAAAAUAUCAUGAAAUAAAACAUUUAUAUAUACUAUAUAUUGCACUUUACAGACUUCCCUUGUGCUGUGUGGAUCCCGGUACGCAUCUAAGGAACUCUUUGUCGAACCCGAAUUAUCCGUAAUUAUAUUAUUCUAUAGCUAAUCCGAAAAAGUGCCCGCGCGACUCUUGCAUUGGCACAGUAGAACUAUACAAAAAUAUGGUAUUUCCGGUGAUGGGAAUGUACUAAAAAUAAAAACUCAACCAACUUAAAAUAACAAAACAGAAUUAAAACUAAAUGUAGAUUAAAUUUACAAAAAACAAAUGCUCCAUAAACUAUACGAUUAAAUAUAAAAUACAUGUACUUUUUUUUAGCCCGUUAAACCUCGCAAUAUUAAAAGUUUUAGAUUUUUUUAUCUGUUCAAAUAUUAGGAUAAACAUGUCAAGAUUUUUCCAACUCUAAAUGGAAACAAAUCUUGUGUGAUGUUAAUCUUGUUUUUCGUUAAAAAUUGGUAUUUACAGAAAUUAAAAAAUUUGCAAUUUGAUUUCGAUACUAAAAAGUACUACAUUGUACUUUUUCGAUGCAUUUUUGUGUUCAAUUUGGAUGGGAAAC